AUGAGAAAGCUUCUUUGGUUUUCGCCAAGUCGCGAUUUGCUCCAUCAAAGGUACGACUCCCAAGAAUUAGCCGUGCUCAUAGGAGUACGUGCUAUUCAAUUUGUUAUUAAACAAAUGGAAUUAGAGAAUAAUGAUGGCUCAGUUAGUGAACGAGUAACAAAGACUACGAAUUCGAUAAAAAAAGGCUAUUUACGCUAUUUUAUAUUCUGA